AGACUGUUAGGAAGCAACAUGGCGGACCGAAGGAGCGAGACAGUUUCACUAUGAGCCUUUUGCGACGAGAAUGUCUGAAUUCUCGCAAAUAUCUCGCUUACAGGAAGAAAACAGAAAGGCUUUGUUGGAACGCCAACAACGGCUUCUCACGUGUGAGAGAUUCAAGCAGGACUAUGAAAAACUGGAAGCCUUACUGCAGACUCUACCGAACAAAACUACCCACGAGGUCAUGGUACCAUUUGGAUCAGUGGCUUUCAUGCCAGGGAAACUCAUCCACACCAAUGAGAUCAUGGUGCUUCUCGGAGACAACUGGUUCGCUGAACGUUCCGCCAGUCAGGCUCUUGAAAUAGUAGCAAGACGGAAAAAAUGUACUGUCAUUAACUGCAUGUACAUGGUAAUGUUUAUCGAUGGUGGAGGUUUAGUUAAAGAUGCUAGAAACGUUGUUUAAAUCAGUGGGGUGGUACAAUCCAAUGUGUAGUAACUGUGUCAAAGAUUUUUAUUAUGCCUGCAGUUUAUUCAAGGAAAUUACCUAAGUACAUUUGUGCCUUACUACCCAGUAGUAGUUACAUCUUCUCAGUGCUUUAUGACUGAAGAAGCUACUGCUUGAAUGAAGUGGCUAGGGCUCUUGUUUCCUUCUUGAUGAGCUGCUAGUACAUUGUAGAUUGCCUCCCAGAGGUUUUGUUUUUGAGGUUUCCUUGACAGGGUAC